UGUCGCGCUUGCACGUAUCGCUGCACAUGUUCUGUGCACAUAAUAUGAAGUACUUCUAAUUUUUGUACCAGAAAUGCAGCAAAUGAAAUACUUUAUCACUGCAAACACAACUUUCAGUUUUGAUAUUAUACAAUGUUUUUGUAUAUAAUCAUACUAUUACGGUAUAUGAUUAAAUUCUACAGAGACUACGUUGCACCGUUCGGAACUUCGAUUUUCUCAGACAUGACCAGGAUUUCGUGACUAGAGAUUAUUUGGGCUAUGCAAUUCCACACCUAUCAAGCUCAAUGUCUAAGAUUCGGCGGGACAAAGUGUGGCGUUGGCGCUUCCAAUGGAGCAUAGUGACGCUGGUGGCGGUGGCGUUGGUGGUGUACAACGCGGCGGCCAACAUGUGGCUGCUCAGCCCGCAGGCCUGCAGCGGCCGCAGCACCACGCCGCCCGCGGACCUGGUCACCUGCGAGCCGUGCGUGGACACCGCCGCCGUGCUGCCGGUGGACGACGACCCCAUCGCUCGGCUGGACUUGAGGCUGGGCCGCUGGGAUGGCUCGAGGUCAUACAGAAUGUUCGACUACGCGACAGUUGGAGAUAUGUACGCGGAAAUAUCAGCCAAUCACCGCGUCUGCUUAGCAACACAAAGUUCCAUAGAGAGGUUGCAUGAACUGCUCAGAAUAGCAGCGCAUUGGUCCGGACCAAUCUCAGUGGCAGUUUUUGUAGCCGGGGAUGAAUUAAGGCUGUUACGGGCAUUCGUGACUUGGUUAUCGCGAUGUAGACCAGAAGUUUACGCGAGAAUGGCAUUACACGUAGCUACACCAGUGGAAAGGCCCGGUUUUCAUGGAAACAUGCCUAUAUGGGCUAGGAAUUGCAAGAUAUCUCCUGUACCCUUAACAGAUAGAAAGGCCGAUACAGUCGCCUGGCGUGCGCGGCAUCCAUACCCACAGAACCAUCUGCGAAAUUUAGCGAGAAGAAACUGUCAUACACCCUAUGUGUUCCUAGUAGAUGUGGACAUUGUACCGUCUGCAGGGAUGGCGGAUGCGUUGGACGACUUCCUAGCCCAAGCACCCAAAUGCCCUCUGUGCGCGUAUGUGGUGCCCACUUAUGAGCUUGAUAAACGGGUGGCGACUUUCCCAGCUAACAAAUCCGAGUUGCUGAGAUUGUCUAGGAAUAAACUGGCUAUACCAUUUCACAUGAAGGUGUUUAUUUAUAAUCAGUAUGCUUCAAACUUUACUAGAUGGGAGUCAUCCGGUGGAAAUGAGACCCUCGAUACUCACAUCAGCCACAACGUCACCAACUUCGAAUUGCUGUACGAGCCUUUCUACGUAGCACCUGAUACCGUACCAGCCCAUGAUGAACGGUUCCUGGGCUAUGGCUUCACGAGAAAUAGUCAGGUGUACGAGAUGUUCCUGAUGGGGUUCCAGUUCAAGGUGCUGUCGCCCAUCUUCACCAUCCACUGGGGGCUGCAGGCGCGGCGCACGCGGCCGCUGUGGCGCGAGAAGCAGAACGAGAAGAACCGCAAGCACUUCGAGACCUUCAAGCGCGAGCUGUACGCGCGCUACCGGCGCGACCCUUUGCACCUUCUGCGAAGGCCCCAGCCGGCCAAGAAGACAUAGGCCUCGCAAGGCCGCGCUACGCUGGCCGGCCUUGCAAUUACCUCCUCUAUACUCCUACAAUUCUUCUGAACCUCGUCUUUAUAGGCGGUAACGCUUAACGCCUGAAAUUAAUAAUCAUUCUAAUCCAAAAUCUUCAGAUUGAAAAUUAAAUGUGCUAUACUUUUCCCACUCUAUCUCUGGUUCCGAGUCUCAUCCAAGGUCACGAAGGCGUUUCGGCUAACCCCUUGUUCAAAAGGCGACACUUUUCUCGCAACAUAAAAACAAAUAGAUACAAUAUUAACAUGAAUUCCCUACCCUUUGCGGAAGGAAAACCUGAGUUACAGAGGGUAGGUCUUUUCUAAUGUUACAAAGGCUGUUAAGCCGAGGUCCAAGCCUCACAGAAGGCACUUAAGGUGCCUUCUAGUUAUUUCUGGUUAGGUUGACGUCUCCUCUUUGCUCACGC